AUGUUAUCGUUCAAGACAUACACGCAAGUAAAAAAACAAAAACGGAAUAGCGAGUUCUUUUCUUUUCUCCAAUUAACAGAUGUGUUCAAAGCAGAGGCUGGAAGAAAAAUAAAAAUCUUGAAGAGUUUCCCCGAAUGCUUCUCGUCUAAUUGAUUUGUUCGAUCUCACGAAGGCACUAAAACAGAAACACAUGCACACCACCCGUAAUUUUUACAAGGAGCUGAAGCCCGAAUGUCAUCUUUUAUAAUUUGCCGAAAUGACCGCUUCUCUCAUAGCCAUUUCUUUCUCUAACCGAUCAGAAACACCUGUCAAUGCUAAGAUGCCUUCCGCUUCAACUUCGAUAAGACGGCCAACCGCUGAAUGGAGGAGUUGGGGUGAGUAAUGAAAGAUAUACCUAAAGAAGAACAAUGCUCAGAUAAAGUGGAGGUUAAGGGUUUUCUGUAACUUUUGUGAGCCGGAUAACUUGGUUCUGACAGCCUGAAAGCACUCUACCUAGUAAUUAAAACGUUUGCACGUGCGCAGACAUUUGACCACCGCAUUCUAGAGACCAGAGCCUCAAAAAGUGAUUAAGUUAUUGAUCUCAAUUAAAAGAAAUAGGCCUUGUUCGACCACUCUCGACUUGACCGUUUAAUAUGCUCUCAAGUGGUGGAUGUCUCCAUGAUGUAAGAGUGGCUAAGCUAUUAAGGAUGGCAAUAACGGGAAACAACGAUUUUGCUUAAUAACAGUAAACAACAAAAUCAUGAUAUUGAAUAAACCAGUUUUAAAGGUUAGAGGUCCUGCGGAGAAUUCCUGAUAGAACUUGAGGCGCUGGACAGAAAUGUUAACUUGGAACGCUGAUGAAGAACGAGCUGCUUGUCUGACCUUGAUUUUUGUUCCUUCCUAAAGUUAUACUGAAAUGUUGCAAAUUUUUUUCCCAUGUACACCGGCUACAUUGCAGGCUACACUGAUGAAGAACCUGUUCAUCUUUCAGACCUUAGAGACUUUUUUGAGAAUGGGCCGAAGUUAGACGUAAAAAAGUACGACCUCACACCGCCGACAUAUUCUUUUCAGGCCGAGGAAACGCAGGGUAACUAUUGUAAUUCGUUUUUAGUGAAUUCUGUUUGUUCAAAUCUGCGUGCAAUAUCUGGGGUGGGCUGUGGUUCUUUGCAGACCUUAUUCUAUUGUUUAACAUUCAAUAAGGGCAAUGAGGAAAAUGUGCGCUCGUAUUUUAGUCGCAUGAAAGAUUUAUUAAUCAACAUCUAUUUCAUUUGCUCGUAUUUUGGCUUUGAACCUAGUUUUCAAAGACAUACUACGUCAUUAUCUGAGAAUCGUAUCUAUUGUAUAGGGCGCGCGCCCGUGAAAGACGAAAUCAGCACAAACGAAACCAUUUAGUAACUUGUAUGGGAACAAAAAAAUUUAUGUCACUUGAAAGUUCGUCCUAUUUAAAGUCUGGACCGUCAGGUGCAGUAAUUUUAUUUCUCUGCCUUGAGUUAAUAUCUUUGCUCUACAAUGUAAUACCGUCGCAUAUUUUGUGCCUUCUUUUGUCCUUAUUUGAUAAAAUUGCCUAAUGGGAUAUCACGAUAUCUUAGCGUUGGUUAACACGAGGGUCAGAUAAAUUAUGCCGGCAUAGUUUGGAACAUAGAGCUAUAGCCAGAGCAUCGAGCAUAAUGCCGGCAUAGUGACUAAACUAAUUUCGAUGAUGUUACAGCUGAACAAUCUGUAGCCUGAUUGUUGUCAGCAGUGAACCUGCUGCUUUUACUUGCACUUUGAGUUAAUCGGGCGAAAUGAUCUGUCCUGAGAUUCUUUAGGCCAUAGUUUCAUCCUUAGUAAGUUUUACCUUUAAUGGUAGGAGUGGAAGGGGGGGAGGGGUGGGGGGAAGGAGUAGGUUUAAGUCUCUCAAAAGCUCGACAAUUGAAUAAAUAAUUAUCAAAGGAUCAUAAUGAAAAAUUAUGAGCGUAAUGCCAUUUUUUCUGAGGUGACGCUCAAAAGCACAAUGCUCAAAUUUUCGAGCUCACUUUUCUGGACUGGUAAACAAUUUGAGAAGUUUUGGUGCGUGUCCCAUUCGUUUUGCCGUUUUCACACUAUAGACAAACUCGUGAUGAAAUUGUUCAGGUUUGGUCGUUACUACAGAUAACUUUAAUUCUGAGUUUUAAGUCCGGUGCGUGUAAACUCAGCUAAUGACGUCACUUUAGCCGCGAUGUUAUUGGAUGUAAGUCUCAAUCACGACUUAUCGUAAGUCAGUCGUGUUGGUUAGUUUCGAUCCGUCGGUACAGUUAGGUCGUGCUGUUCGGUUCAUUUUAGAUGUUAAUAUCGUACAUAAGUCAUUUGUAUGGAGCCGAUAAUAAUUGACACCUGUUCAGGAGAGUCUGUAAACCAGCUUUCCAGAUUCAAUUGUUGAAAAUAAUUAGCGCUGCGCAGAGUUCCAGUCAAUACCGUGGUUCAUAAGUCGAUCAUGUUCAGCAAGUUGAUUGUUGACAUCACCUUUUCUCGUCACUCGACUAAACUGACCAAUCAGCUUACACCAUGCAGUUUUACCACAAGCCGAACAAUCAAAGGGCAAUUCGUAACUGUAAGCAAUAGUCACCUAUUUAAAGAAAAACUUUCAAAUGUUAUCGUUUAAGAUAUACAUGCGCGUAAUAAAAACAAAAACGGAAUAGUGAGUUCUUUUCUUUUCUCCUGUCAACAGAUGUGUUCAAAGCAGAGGCUGGAAGAAACAUAAAAAUCUUGUUUUCGACGAAGGAUGCGAAAGGAAAUCUUUUUUAUGAGGCAGACAACCAAGUUGAUGUAAGAAUUCAGACUUGGUCAGGAAACUUUGUAAAAAAGAAGAUUGAAGACAAUCUGAAUGGUAACUACACUGUGAGCUUCACAUCAGAUAUUGUAGGUCCGCACAGCGUAACAAUUACAGUGAAUGGUCAGCCGCUGACUGGCAGUCCCUGGAGUGUAGAGAUGUCUCCGUAUCAAUACAAACGUGCGUUUGAUAUAACAGUGGAUGAAGGGUCGUUUUCCUCUGCUUUUGCGGUUAACAAGGAGACUAACGAGAUCGCAUUCAUACAGGAUAAAUUCAUGCUAAUACUCAGUGCUGAUCAUUCAUUCGUAAGGCAUUUUUGGUUGGAGGACAUCAUACUUUCCAUGGACUUCACCAUAAAUGGCAGUUUCGUUGCAAUUCUGCUUUCCAACUUCAACAGAAAAUUGUGCUUGAUUGACAAAAGCGGAGAUUCAAUUAAAGAAAUCGGCCAAGGGUACCUGACAUGGCCGGUGGCGGUGUCUGUUUCGCACGAUGGAAGCAUAAUCGUUUGUGACUGGGGUAACAGUUCAGUAAACGUCCUCUCCCCUGAUGGUACAAAAUUAUUACAGUCCUCCAGUGAUCUACACUUUCUAAAAUUCCCGCGGUUUUCUGUUUAUCAUCAGGACAUGUUCUUUGUGUCCUAUGGUUGGCGAGAUGCAUGCGUCAAAACGUUCAACAAAGAUGGAGUGUUUCUGUAUGAUAUUAGUGGUGAGGGAUCCGCCGAGGGACGGUUGACGAGACCAGUUGGCCUUGUCAUCGACAAGUUUGACAACCUGAUUGUGAGUGAGGAUCAUAAUAGGACGCUUAAGGUGUUCACAGUGGAAGGCAACUUUCUUUACAAAAUAGAGGUCGAACAGAAAGGAAUUUCAAUAGCUGCAUCUACUACCGGCAACUUGUAUGUCGUUGAUGAUGACUGUAUUCAUGUUUUUCAGUAG